UUCUCUAUUAAUCUUUGUCUUUCUCUCUCUUUAAUUAUGGCCUCUAGUAGAUUAGCCUCUAGUGUCUCAAAUAAGGAGAGCUUUAUUCCAAAGCAUCACCUGAAAGUCCUGUCCCAAGAAAUUUAUGACGACCUUGGAAUAUAUCGUCUACUACUGGGCAGCGCGUUCGCUAUCUCACUGUUGAAACAGGCAUCUUUGACGAUGAUACAAUGUGUCGCCCGUAUCUGUUCAUUCCUGCUUUGCCCGGCAUACCAGGUGGAGAGUGGACGCGGAUGCAUAUCUCGAGAAAUGGCGACAGGCGCAAAACUAUGAUAUCGAACGAUCCCUUGGAUGGAAUCAAAUGUAUUUGGCAUGACGAACGGAUUGAUGUUCUCACUUUGCCAGAGGGCAAAUAUCUCACGAAAUGUGCUCGUGAAACUAUUUACCAGGGAAACGCUGCAAUCAUGAAAGUCGCCAACUUUGAGUACGAUAUACCUCAAAUCGAAAAUGAGACCUGGGCGUACUCAGUGGUGAAUGGCUAUGAGCGGAACUAUGCAGAUGAACAUUCUCUUGUACCAAGGUUUCUAGGUCAUUUGACAGAACAUGGGCGGGUAAUAGGUAUUCUGCUCGACAAAUUGCCCAAUGUCAGAUGCGCCUCUAUUGAUGAUUUGGAAGUGUGCGAGGCCUUUGUGACCCGGAUUCACAAUGCUGGUUUGAUCCAUGGUGAUGUUAACCGAUUCAACUUUCUUAUAGACAACCAGGACUCUGCGAAGUCUUGUAUUCUUGAUCUUGAACACGCCGAAAUGUUUGAUAGAAUUAAGGCUGUGUUAGAGUUAGAAUCUCUUAUCUCGGAGCUUACUGAAGAGACUGGGAGAGGUCAAGGCUUCGUCUAGAAGGAAAAAAGACUGCAAAGGAUAUAAUAAGCCAGUGAACGUCAAUCUUCUGUCAACCUAUAAUCACAACUGCUAGAUAACACAUACAUAGCUUUACUCUGAUAAAAUUCACCGAACAAUACACACCGC